UGAGCUGGCUUCCGCUUCCGGGUGGCGCUUCUCCGUGGCGCGCUGUUGAAGCUGAGCGGGCCCUAUGGAGCUUUCGGGAGAGUAUGUCGGGCGCGACGGGGAGCCGCAACCGCUGCGGGUGUCUUGUGAGGCGUCGGGUGACGCGGACCCACUGCAGAGCCUGCUGGAGGGCGUGGCCCGGAUGAAGGAGGUGAUAGCCGAAUUCUUCCGGCCCCUGGUGGAGCGGGACGCGCAGGGCGGGAUGGCGGCGGCUCCGGACAACGCAAUGGAUGGUGAUGAUGAAGAUGGUGCAGAAGAUGAUAACAUUGGUAGCAGAACUAACUCAGAUGGACCAUCUGCAAAACGGCUAAAACCACCGCCUUAGUUUUUGUGAAAUUAAGAUUGCUACUGAGUUGGGUGAGGUUGUGUACACCUAUAAUCGCAGCUACUUGGGAAGCUGAGGCAGGAGGAUCACAAGUUGGAGGCUAGCUUGGGCUACAUGUCAAGACCUUGCCUCAAAAAAGACAGAAACUACUGCUACAUCCUAAUCAUCCCACGCUAAUACUAGGGGAAGAUGUUUUUGGAAAAUGUUUAUUUUCUUCCACUGGACAGUUUGUAACAGAAAACUUCCUUGCUUCCAACAAAGAAAAAUAUAAAUGUUUGGGGAUAAAGUCUUGUUUUCCCAUCCUAAAAUAAAAUGGAAUAAUUUGUAAUGAAA